AGAAAGACAGAGAGAAACGGAGAGAGGACACGGUGGCUUUCAGCAGAGUCUUCAGAGACCCGAGAGGGUGGCAGUGCAGAGAGGAUGUGGCUCUUCUGCGCGCACCGAGUUUUCCAAUUUUUACUUUCCUGGCUGCUACUUCAGCCGAUCCGUCCGAUGGCAUAGUUCACAUUUUGGCUCAUUUUUAGCUCCAUGUCGGGCAUGUUCUAACGCACUGACUGAGACUUCUGUCGGACUAAUCGCUCGACUGACUCUCAGGGAGAAACCUGUCGUGGAUUGGCCCGAGGCAUUACAGCUGAGCAGGCAUGAGCGCAGGAAGUCGCCUCAGACUCAGCAUGGACGUUCCUGUCAUCCUUUUGCUCAUCCACCUGACCCAUACUGAGAUCAGAGCGCUCCUGGCCAGCAGGAUGAAAGUAGAGACUGGAUGCCCCCUUGGCCAGUUCCCAUGUGGGAACAUGAGUGAGUGCCUCCCACAGGCUUUGCAGUGUAAUGGACACAACGACUGCCCCAAUGGAGCUGAUGAGCGACGCUGUGGGGAUAACAUCGGAUGGGCGGACUUAUUUGAUCAAACACUACAGAAUGCCAACCCCGUGGACCGUUACUUCCUGAAUGAGUGUCUCUUGCAGGACUAUCCAGAGAGAUGUGACUGCAUACAGACAGAUGUCGAAUGUGUGGAGGUCAACCUGCAGAAUGUUCCUGUACUCUCUCCAAAUGUUACCUGGCUGUCACUGAGGAGCAAUGAAAUCAGAGUGUUGCCUGAUUUUGUUUUCUCAGAAUAUUCGGCCCUAGAGAGACUGUUUCUGCAAAACAACAGCCUCCAGAUCAUAUCCAAACAUGCUUUCAGUGGCCUGCACAGUUUAAAGAGGUUGUUUCUUAGUGAGAACUUGAUAUCCUCCCUUAGCCCUGGUGUGUUCAGGGAUCUCCAUCAGUUAGAGUGGCUGAUGUUGGAUCAUAACCCACUAAGCAGCUUGUCCAGGGAUACUUUCAUUGGGCUGCAGUCUCUCAUAUACCUAUCCAUGGUGGACACCUCACUGCAGCAACUUCCUCACCCGAGUUUCUGUCAACACAUGCCUGCUUUGGACUGGCUGGACCUUGAGGGAAACCAAAUUCAAACUCUCAACUACUCUAUCUUGAAGACCUGCAGCAAGCUUGAGGUUCUAUUACUGAUGGACAACAGGAUCAGAAGAGUUCCUGAAAACACCUUCCAGUCUCUGUGGAAACUGGCUGAGCUGAAUCUGUCCAGCAACAGGAUACGGGAGCUGCCAAAAAACACCUUUAAAAACCUCUCCAAGUCCCUCCUUAAAUUAAAUAUUUCCUACAAUCCCCUUCUCCGCAUUCACCCGAGCCACUUCAACCACCUGACACAUCUUCAGUCUCUGGCUCUUGAAGGGAUAGAGAUUCCUGAUAUACAGACGAAGAUGUUCCUACCUAUGAAAAACCUUUCCCACAUCUACUUUAAGAAGUUCCAGUACUGCUCCUACGCACCUCAUGUGAGGUCCUGUAAGCCCAACACAGACGGCAUAUCUUCCUUCGAGGACCUGCUGGCCAACAUGGUGCUGCGGGUGUCUGUUUGGGUCAUGGCCUUCAUUACAUGCUUUGGUAAUCUCUUAGUCAUCGGUAUGAGGUCACUGAUACGAGCUGAGAACAACCUGCAUGCUGCCUGCAUCAAAGUCCUCUGCUGUGCAGACUGCCUCAUGGGUGUGUACCUUUUCUUCGUUGGGGUGUUUGAUGUAAAAUUUCGUGGGCAGUACAAUCGUAACGCCCUGCUCUGGAUGGAGAGUGUGGAGUGUCGGACCAUCGGAUUCCUGGCCAUGCUCUCCUCAGAGGUGUCUGUUCUCCUCCUCACCUACCUGACUCUGGAGAAGUUCCUGGUCAUUGUCUUCCCCUUCAGCAACCUGCGACCAAGCAAACUUCAGACUGGAGUGGUCCUGGCCUCUAUCUGGCUACUGGGGUUCAUUAUUGCUGCUGUGCCCCUAAUGAAUGAGGACGUGUUUGGAAACUACUAUGGACGUAAUGGGGUGUGCUUUCCCCUGCACUCUGACAGGCAAGAAAAGCCUACUGCCAAAGGAUAUUCAACAGGCAUUUUUCUGGGUCUAAACCUGGUGGCAUUCCUGGUGAUUGUCUUCUCCUACUCCAGCAUGUUCUACUCCAUCUAUAAAACUGGCAUAAAUGCGACAGACUUGAGGAGCAGGCUGCACAGAGAUGUGGCUGUGGCCAACAGGUUUUUCUUUAUAGUGUUCUCUGAUGCCCUCUGCUGGAUCCCCAUAUUUUUGGUGAAAGUACUGUCACUACUGGAGGUAGAGAUACCUGGCACCAUCUCCAGCUGGGUGGUCAUCUUCAUCCUUCCCAUCAACAGCGCAUUGAACCCCAUCCUGUACACCUUGACCACCAGCUUCUUCAGAGAGCAGGUGGAAGUCUUACUUUGUCGCUGGCAGAGAAGACACACCUUGAAAAAAGACCGCAAAAGCCUCACCUCCUCCACAAUCUUCAUGGAGACCCCACGGGUUCCUUGCUACCAGCUACCAGCCUACCUCCAGCGGGUAUCUCUUAGCGGCGCAGAUCCUCGCUACGCCUGAGUGAGGCAGGAAGUGUCCUGCCAGUCUGUAAACUACGGGUUGAGGACCUGUAACUGGUUAAAUCUUAAGGCUCCGACAUGACAGCACCAUUUGUGUGUUUUGACAAGAAUGACCCGCCACUGGAACAUGAUCAACUUUCGCUGAGCUGUCUCAUCACGCUCUGACACACGCCACAUUUGUAAAAACGACCACAGUUAGACACUUUUGUCCAAGGCAGUUUUAGCUUUUUCCCUCACGCAUACACAGUGAGCACGUUUGGGUCAUUUCCACAUGUGAGAAUGAGGAGCUACAGAGGAAACCACCAAUUUUACAAAUAGCAAAUGACUCUCCAUACCACUCAGCUCCGUACCGCUCCAUUAAAAACUUAAUGGAAUUGUGAUCUGUAAAUGGAAAGUCAAACUGAAUUUUGAAUUGUGAACAACUGAAUUGUGGAUGAUUGGAAUAAGCUUAUUGAUGUCAAGUUAAGUCAAGCCGAAAAAGUGCUAUUUGUGUUUUUAUAGAAUACAUAAUGUUCAAAAUUUUUACUUUAGGGUUUGAGAGAGAACUUGGAAACGAGCAGCCAAAUAUCCGACAGACUGUUUUCUAUGACGUGACUGACUUAAAAAUGAAGUUCAUCUCAUGUACCGCUCAUAAUCAUUCUGAGCUGAGAAAUAGGUUCAAGGAUAAAUGGUUUCAUUCUCAGCAAAAACAACUAUUGAGUCUUGGACUGCAUAAAAUGUAGUGCGCCAGACAUUGUUCAUGGGAUUAUAAUUUUAGCAUAACUCAAAUGAAAAUGCAGAUCAGCCAUUGCAUUUAUUUUGAUGUAAUGUGCACAAAAACCGAGAUGAAUGUGAAAUUCAAAUGCCAAAAUCCAGCUCACAUUUUGUCUACCAGUUUUAAUGCAAAUGCAAACUCAAUGUUACAUUUCUUUUUAACAUCUUCUGAGAUGCAAUUUAAAUUAAAUCAAUGACACAGUCAAAGGUAUACAUUUAUUAUGCUGUCCAAAUAAUCCAUGACAUUUGAGGAUGCUCUCUGCCUCAUCCUCCUGCAUUUCUGCUUCUUGUCUUUGCUUGUGCUCAUCUUCUCUUUCUGAUAAUUUAUCUUUGGUGUAUCAGUUGUUUUGGGUUUUGUUUUGGGUCCGGUAAGUUUUCCUCGUUAGAUUUCCUUCUGUAAUACCCGUUUUCCGCAGCCUCUUCUGCAUACAAAUGUGGAACAGAUGGUGCAAAGCUUUGUAGCAAUGCAUCUUAGCAUGACGUGUGAUCAUGGAAAUUAUGAAAUAAAUGCCAAAAAUGCUGUUAAUUCAUGCAACAAAUUGGAUAACAAAAUAUUUAACUGUGAGCUUAAAGAUAAUUUUUGGUAUAAAUCAUAAAAACUAAUAACUUUAAUAUAAUAAUAUUUUUAAUAAUUAUUCUUUUCACUUUCACACUGCCAAUAUUAAAUGUCAUGUGGAGUGUGUAAAAAUUACAGUAUUAUCUGGGAUUCUGCAUUGGGAACUAUGACAAAAUGUUAAAAUGAAAUGCACGUUGCAAUGAGAAUUCUGAUUACUUAAGGUAGGAUUGUAAUUAACGUGCACAAGGAACUUAAAGCUUAAAUGUAAAUUGCCACAUAUUACUGCAUUGCAGCACCAGCAUUUCAGACCAAAAAUGAAAUGUGCUUGUUCAAGAUUCAAGAUUUUGUUAAUGCACGGCCUAUUUUUCACUUAAAAUACUUUGAAAAACAUUUAACUCUACGGUGACCUGCACACACUAACAUUCAUGCACGAAACCUACCGAAACAGUGAAGCUCAGAUUACAACAUUCAGAGGGAGUGUGACGUCUUUCUCUGUCCAGGACGCCAUUACUCCACUAUAUCUUUAAGUAGUAAAUAGGUGUUUGCCGCUAUAUUAAUGCUCAAAUUAUCACAUAUUCAACCUUCAAUGAAAAAGUGAGAUAAAGGGAAUUCACCAUCGACAGUCACUGAAUGUUAGGCGAGGCAACAGUUUCCUGCUUCCCACCGACUGUAAAUUGACGCCUAUUUUUGCCAUAGUCUUUAUGAUUUGAUAUAAUAAAUGUAAUCUGAAAUUUCUGUGAUGUUUUGUACUGUGCACUCCAUUUUCAUGCACAGUAUGUGUUCUCACUAAUUGCGAUAUGAAAUACAUGAGGAAUUUGAUUAAUUCAUUUUUCUCUUGUCACACUGCUUGACAUGACUGCUCCUUCACUCAUGUUUCUAUUUUUACUUUUUUAUACUGAUAUAUAAUAUUAUGCCUUUGUUUAUGCUACCUUGAAAUUGUGGCUUUAAUUCAGUGACAAUCACCAACAACUAGAUCAUGGUUAGAGAGGAACAAAGCAAUGAAUGCUAUUCAGGUGAAGAGAAAGGGUGGUUUAAUGAUUGCACAAAGUUCAGAAAAGUAUGCCGAGCGGUGGAACCAUCUUUGAUGAAAUAAGGAAAAUCAUUUGUUAUUAUGCUUUGCAGAUGUGGAUAUGUUUAUUUUGUUUAUUGGUUUUUUUUUAUAUUUGGCAAAGGAGACUGUCUUCUUUGUGUAUGCUCUUUCUAUCAGUGUGGUUGCUGGAGUCAGGUUUUGUGUUUAUUGGUCUCCCCACACAGAUGGCCCUUUGAUUGAAAUAAUAAAAAGACCUGAACAAA